UAUUCGAUGCCCCUCUUCUGUUCGAGUUUUCGAUAUGUUUGAGAAAGCUAGCUACGUGAUCAAGAAUGGCUGCCUAUAUUAGUGGUUCAGUUCAUCACAGCCUCGUCCUCUGAAUCACUCGCCGACUUCGCGUUUGUGUAGCCGCCACCUAGCUCGCUCUGGGCAUGGCCUGCUGCGGCGGCAUGUCGUCGACGUCGAGGCCGCCGAGGGGUAUCCGCGAGGAGACGCUGCUCCGCGUGCCCGGCGCGUCGGUGCACCUGCUGGACGGCGCCGAGGGCCCCGUCGAGCUCGCCCGGGGCGACCUCGCCGUCGUGCGGAUCGCCAAGGACGGCGUGGCCGUGGCCACCGUGGCGCGCGUCGGCCGCGACCUCGGGUGGCCGCUGACGAGGGACGAGCCGGUGGUGAGGCUCGACCGGCUGCACUACCUCUUCACGCUGCCGGACAGGGACGGCGGCGCGUUCCUCAACUACGGCGUCUCCUUCGCCGCGCCCAACGACGCGCUGCUGGCGUCGCUCGACGCGUUCCUCAGGGCCAACGCGUGCUUCUCCACGCCUUCGGCCGGCGCGCCCGCGCCAUCGAGGAGCUACACCGCCACCGCCACCGCCACUAACACGCCGCCGGCGACGACGGACGGAUACUGGAACGACUACGCGCCGAGGAUGGAGGGCUACAACAACGUGCUGGCCAAGGCGAUCGCCGCCGGCACCGGCCAGCUCGUGAGGGGCAUCUUCAUGUGCAGCGACGCGUACGCAAGCCAGGUUCAGCGCGGAGCCGACCUGGUUCGUCUUCAAGCUGCCGGCAGCGUGAGCAAACGAGUCGGCGGCGCAGGCGGCGGACCUGGCCGGACAGGCCAGGCGGACGCGAAGCGUGGAGUCAACAAGAGCCUCAAGAGGGUCAGGAAGCUGUCGGAGAUGACGGAGAAGAUGAGCCAGUCGUUGCUCGACACGGUCAUCGCGGUGACGGGAUCCAUGGCCGCGCCGCUGCUUCGUUCCAAGCAAGGGAAGGCCUUCCUCGCCACCGUUCCAGGGGAGGUCAUCCUGGCCUCUCUUGACGCUAUCAAUAAAGUUAUGGACGCUGUGGAGGCUGCUGAGAGGAGAUCACUCGCUGCCACUUCCAAUGUUGUCGCUGGUGCAGUGUCGAGGAGGCAAGGAAGUUCAGACAUCGCUGCCUUAUAUAUUCUUCCGUGUAUGGAGAGAGCGCCGGGGAGGCGACGGAGGACGCGUUCGCGACGGCCGGCCACGCCGUGGGGACGGCAUGGAACCUCUUCAAGAUACGGAAGGCCGUCACGCCGUCGUCCUCCCUCCCGGGGAACAUGGUGAAGAGCGCCGUCAGAAACAGAAAAUGACGGGCGGCGGCAGAGAACAGCGGCUACACACGACGCCGCGAGUGUGUUGCGUAGGCUGAACGAUGUACUGCUAAGUUAUAAACUCUCGGUCCUCUUACUUGUUCACUGCCUGGUGAAGCAACGAGGACAUAACUUAAUAUUUACAUUAGCUCUAAA